AACAACUUCUUCACUCAGACUCCGAUCCUUCAGGCUCUGCAGCACGUUCAGGCCAGCUGUGACGAAGCACACAAGAUGAGGUUCAGCGACCUGUUCGCUCUGGCCGAGGAGUACGAGGACUCGCAGUCCAAGCCUCCCAAGUCUCGCCGCAAGGCUCCGGCCUCCUCGCCGCGCUCCAGGAAAGGAGCGGCUCCGCCCACCAACAACGAGGAGGAGAGCGCCUCCAGCAGCGCCUCGGAGGAGGAGGACUCGAAGCCCAAAGCUCCGAAGAGGAAGAGGAAAGGCUCGUCAGCCGUCGGCUCCGACAGCGACUGAUGGACCUUCUGACCAAUCACACGCCAGCUGCCACGCGGAACGCCAGCCAACCAGCUGCUCUGACACUGGGAGAGGCCCCACCUCCUCCCCGUGACACACAAUGACUCCUGCGGUGGGCGGGGCUCUCAGAUGCCAUGGACUGUAAAUGGUGAACUUAUUGAGAGGCGGGGCUUCAUGUGGCCCAUCUCCCAUGAUGCACUUAGAGGAGGAAGGCGGAGACUGUGGGAGUCCGCGGACUGGUUUUAAGACCACCACGACAGUGACGAUGAUGAAGAUGAAGAUGUGUGGGUGUUUGUACUUUGUUUCUUUUUUUCAGUUUUCUCUUAUUUUGGAGGGGGGGUUGGACUCUUAUUGUGAAGGAUCCUGAUUUCCUGCUGUUUUUAGCAGCUCCUUCCUGUUUGUCUUCACGUGUUUCAUCAUGUCACAUAAAAUCUGACGCUUUG